AUGAAACAUAAGCCAAAAAAAUUAAUAGCGAAAAGGAUUUAUUUUAAGAUGAAAACAACUUAAGCAAUAUUCAAAUCGACUAGACAUAUCUGCACUAAUGUAAAAUAAUGCAUUUAAUAUUGCUAUUAUAAAAGUUACCAACUAUAGAAUUAAACUUUUAAAAUUGUUUUUGCCUACUUUUUACUGAAAAACUAAACUUAAAAAUUGAUAGAAACAAAUAUGCAGAAAUUAUUAGAUAGCGAAAGAUCUUAAAUUUUAAGCCUUUAAAGAGAUUUGAUACCAUUAAAUUCGCAAAAUUCGAAGAGACAGGUAGGUUACAAUGAGUUAAAUAGCAAAUGCACAAAAGAAAAUAAACCCUCUAUUCAUAAAAUAGUAAGUAAUUUAGAAUUAGAAAAAGUUAAGAAAAAUGAAAGCUAGUUCAAAGAAAACUAAAAUUUCACAUCCACCUAUAAAUCCUAAUUUAACACUUUAGAAACAAUCAAUAAAUAUAGAAUUCUAGAUGAGUUGAAAAUAUCUUUAUAGAAAGAAAUAUAAAAUUAAGAAUUCUUAUCAAUAAGUGACUAGUACACAAAAAAUGAUAAAAUAUACAAAUUUUACUAUGAUAUUUGCAUUUUAUUAAUCUACCCAUUCGCUAUCAUGUGCAAAAUAAUUCCUAUUAUGACUUAGCAUUCAUUAAUUAAUUUGAUUUGGGAUUUUACUUCGAUAGCAUUUAACAUGAUUCUAUUUUAUUUACUGAGCAUAAAAGCAUUAAUAGGCUAUAAUAGCACAGAGAAUACAGUCAAUAUAGUAGUAUGUUGGAUUCUAUUUUUUGUUUUCAUAUUAGAUAUUUUCAAGAUGUUAAUUACAAGCUAUUGUGUGAAUGGCUAGGUCUACACUUUGAGGAAAGAAAUAAUUAAAAACUAUAUCUUUAAUGGAUUUAUAUUCGAUUAUAUAGCUUUAAUUGCUUCAAUAAUUGGAAUAUUUUACUAUGGAACAGGCCAGGCUUAUGGUGAAUAAAACAUAUUAGAAGUCAUAAAAUUUCUAAAAAUAAUAACAUUGGUAAAAAGAGUAAAAGUGUUAAUAGAAAGAAUUAAGAGAUAACACAGUUCAGGAAUUCUAUUUAUAAUAACCUCUAUCGGAACAUACUUAUUAAUAUACUUUCAUAUCCUUAGUAUAUGCUACUUUAAUAUAGCUUAUAUAGUUGAUUGCAACAGUAGUAAUAAAUCUCCUCAAAUCUGGUAUUAUAAAUACAGUAUAAAUAAAUAAGAAUCUUACAAUUUGUAUAUGCAUGGUCUUUAUGAAAUAUAAAAUUCUUUGCUUGGAAGUUCAGAUGUUAACUCUAAUUCAUUCUAAAUAUUAUUUUUAAUUAUUGUUAGGAUUUUAAGUAUUGCUCUUUUCAUAUACCUAAUUAUAUCAGUUUCUACAGGAUAAAGAAAAAAAAAUAAGUAAAACUUUGAUCACUUGAAAAUUCUCAAUUAAAAUCUUUCUAAAUCUGAUUAAGGUUACACUUUGUUAAAUAAAAUUUAUAGCGUGAUUAGUGAAAAUUAAAAUAAGCAGGAUAUUUUCCGCCAACUCUCUAAUUUUAGCAAAUAAAUACCAUAAAAUAUUUAUUAAGAACUUAAAUAGUACUUUUUUUAGAACUAUUUUUCUUCUAAGAUAAAACAUUUUAGUUGCUAUUCGAUUCAAAUUAAUUAGAUGAUACCUUAAAUUGCUGAAAUUUAGUUUUUGGAAAAAGGUUAAAGUGUAUUUCUUUCUGGCAAAUUUGAUGAAUGUGGAGGACUUUCUUUUUAUCUGAUUAUUGAAGGAGAAAUAGAACUAUACUAGUAGCCUACUUUCUGCUCAGAUAUGAAAAAGCUCUACAAAGUAAAAAAAUAAGGAGAUAUUUUUGGUUUUUAACAGUUUUAUACUGGGUAAGUUAGGAAUUCAACAGUUAUUUGUAAAUCCAAUUGCAUAUUAUUUAAGGUUAAUAGAUAAAAUUUCCUUGAAUUGAUUAAAAAAUACAAUUAAGAUUUUGAAAUUUUUCAUAUGAUCAAAGAUACUUUUUUAAAUGAGUAUUAGAAUGAAUGGUCUAAAAUACUUGAUUGUUCCUUUUGUGAGAAUUUUGGUCACCAAAAUUUAAGUUGUCCUUAGGUUUUUUAUCGUCCAAGAGUGAUAAAAUCUAUUAGAGUAAACUAAUCAGAAAUCAAUUAAAGAGAUUAGAAUUUUAAAAGAAGUCAACACAAAAAUAAAUAGUCAAUUUUAAAUAGAUAGUAAAAUUUCGAUGCUUAAAAAAAAUAUUUUUUAUAGAAUGAGGAAAUUCUUUUAGAAUACUUAGUGAAUUACACAGAUAUUUUAAAUUAUAUUAAUUAUGAAGAAGAAAACACCCAGUCAAAAAGUAAAUAGCAAAUUCCAAUAAGAUCAAACAGCGUGAAUGAUUUAGAAAAAGCUUAGAUUAGUUUUAACUUAAUCCCUUAAAAAAUUUCUAAAUUUAGCGACUAUAAAGGUGAUUUAGAUGAUUUAGAGCUUUUGAUGAGAUUAGAUUCUUCAACUCACAGUAUAGGAAUUACUAAAAAAUAAAGUGAAAGAUUAAUAUCAGCAAUAAGUGCAACAAAUGAAAAAGCAAAGAGACCUAGAUCGUAAAUAGAGUAAUAGAGUAUUUUUAAAGUUAAUGGAUAAAAAUUAAAUGAAGAUGAAGAAGGUAAUAAUAAUUAAUAUUAUAAUAGCUUUGCUAGCAAUAGUGAGCACCUUUCAGUAAAAGAUAUUUAAGAAAAUUUUUUCGACAGUCCAAGAAAUAAUCAAAGCCACUCUUUUUCUCAAGCAAGCUGUAGCUUGUUUGAUAAUAUUCAUAAUAAUGGUAAUAACACAAUAUGUACAUAAUCUUUAGGCAUAUAAAAUGAUAAAUCUAUAGUAAAAUCACUGAUUUAGCAAUCAUUAAUAAAACGGAUAAAUAGUGGGAUCAAAGAAUAAAUAAAUCCUUCUUUAAUCUUUAGGAACGCAGGUAUCCUCUAACAAAUAAAACAAAAUUUAAAUAUUUAAGAUUCUAAAUUUAAUUAAACAGUACAUAAUAUAAUUUUAGAUCAAAUUUAAGAAUAUAAAUACUAUUUUCCUAAUGGAAACAUAACGAAUGUUCUUAAAAAUUAUAAUCGAUAAAUACGAUAUUUAUAAAUACAGUCAAGGUAAAAAAUUCUUAACAAAAUUGAAAAAGACAAUUAACCUCCUUAAUUACAAUUACAUAAUUAGGAAGAAAAUGCUAUAUAUAUAGAUUGCAUAAAUACAUCUCAUCUUAGAAAAGCAAACUUUUAAGAUUCUUACAGAUCUUCAAUGUUUAAUCUUAAAAAUAUUUCUGAUACAAAUAAUAAUAUAUUAAAUUUUUAAAUAAGCAACAAUGAUUAUAUCCCUUCUGUGAAUAUAAUCUAAGAAAAUAAAUAACUAUGA